CACCGGCCGGGCUGGAAGGAGAGGCGCCAUGUCGCUGCUCGGUCGCGGACUCCCCUGCCUUGCCCUCGCCCCGAGGAGGCUGGUAGCGGAGGGCAAACCGGUGUUUGGAAACUGUUGGCACCGCCAGCUGAGAAUGUCGAGUUCAAAUUCGUUGCGGAAGGCCCAGAUGGGACUUUUAUUUCAAGAGGGUCCUGAUUUGAAAGAUUUUACAUCUGGGGAACUUUCCGACAAAACCAAAUGGGCGGAAUACAAAGGCAAUUUAAAGCGCCAAAAAGGAGAAAGGUUACGGCUUCCUCCCUGGUUGAAAACGGAGAUCCCGAUUGGAAAAAACUACAAUAAACUGAAGAACACAUUGCGCAGCUUAAACCUACAUACGGUGUGUGAGGAGGCCAGGUGUCCCAACAUUGGGGAAUGCUGGGGAGGAGGAGAAUAUGCGACUGCGACAGCCACCAUCAUGUUAAUGGGGGACACCUGUACGAGAGGCUGUCGCUUCUGCUCCGUAAAGACGUCGAGAAGUCCUCCUCCGUUGGACCCCGAGGAGCCGACUAACACCGCAGAAGCAAUUGCCGAAUGGGGACUUGAUUAUGUCGUGUUGACCUCCGUGGACCGGGAUGAUCUUCCUGAUGGAGGAGCCGAACACUUCGCAAAGACUGUCUCGCACUUAAAAAAAAGGAAUCCCCGAAUUCUCGUGGAAUGCUUAACCCCUGACUUCCGUGGAGAUCUCAGAGCGGUGGAGAAAGUGGCUUCCUCUGGAUUGGAUGUCUACGCCCACAACGUGGAGACCGUUCCCGCAUUGCAGAGCAGCAGAAAUGCCACUCUAAAUUAUAGCCGAUUACGUGAAGCCGAUGUGGAUUGCUUGACCUUGGGACAGUACAUGCAGCCAACAAAACGGCAUUUAAAGGUCGAAGAAUAUAUUACUCCGGAGAAAUUUAAAUACUGGGAAGAAGUUGGAAACAACCUUGGAUUUCAUUACACGGCCAGCGGGCCUCUCGUGCGUUCUUCUUACAAAGCAGGUGAAUUUUUCUUGAAAAACCUAAUCCAUAAGAGGAAGAAGAAGGACAUCUGAUGCCCACAAGAAGAAUUCCAUUCCUUCCCUUGUCUUCUAGAUGGCUACAGCACAGAUAAACCCAAUUAACCAACUUGGAAGGCUUUUGCUGCUUUGUAAAAAAAAGAAUACAAAAUAUUUUAUUUGUUCCUGGACCCUGACAUGUUCCAAUAUUGUACACACACAAAAAAAUGUCAUUAUCCAUUAUGUGGUAUGCAUACAUAAUCAAGAAAAACAGAAGUAGAACGAGGCCCGUACAUUAAGGAAUCAAAAGAUUGAUAUGCAUUUUUUUCCUAGCACAUCAAUAAUCAUUGUUUGCUCCAUUAACCCCAUCCCGUUGUUAACCGUCUUUUCAAUGACAAUCCUAGUAGUGAGCAACUCAAAUCAUGAUCACCGUUGGCAUGUAACACAAUAAAUGUCUUUUCUCGUUGGACAUAAAUAGGAUUAAAAGCAUCUGCGCUGCAAAUGAUAUUCUUGAUUAAACUGUUGGAUUGGA